GGUAGGCUGCAGGGGCGGGUCGGUUGGCGUCCUCUUUCCGGCUGGUCCCCAUGGAGGCGCUGGGGAAGCUGAAGCAGUUCGAUGCCUACCCCAAGACUCUGGAGGACUUCCGGGUCAAGACCUGCGGGGGCGCCACGGUGACCAUUGUCAGUGGCCUUCUCAUGCUGCUACUGUUCCUGUCCGAGCUGCAGUAUUACCUCACCACUGAGGUCCAUCCUGAACUCUACGUGGACAAGUCACGGGGAGAUAAACUGAAGAUCAACAUCAAUGUGCUUUUUCCACACAUGCCGUGUGCCUAUCUGAGCAUCGAUGCCAUGGAUGUGGCUGGGGAGCAGCAGCUGGAUGUGGAACACAACCUGUUCAAAAAACGGCUAGAUAAGGAUGGCUUUCCCGUGAGCUCAGAGGCAGAACGUCAUGAGCUCGGGAAAGUUGAGAUGAAGGUGUUUGACCCUGAUUCCCUGGACCCUAAUCGCUGUGAGAGCUGCUAUGGUGCCGAGACGGAAGACAUAAAGUGCUGUAACUCCUGUGAGGAUGUGCGGGAGGCAUAUCGCCGUCGAGGCUGGGCCUUCAAGAACCCAGACACUAUUGAGCAGUGCCGGCGAGAGGGCUUCAGCCAGAAGAUGCAGGAGCAGAAGAAUGAAGGCUGCCAGGUGUACGGCUUCUUGGAAGUCAACAAGGUGGCGGGAAACUUCCACUUUGCCCCCGGGAAGAGCUUCCAGCAGUCCCACGUGCACGUACAUGCUGUGGAGAUCCAUGACCUGCAGAGCUUCGGCCUCGACAAUAUCAACAUGACCCACUACAUCCAGCACCUGUCAUUCGGGGAGGACUACCCGGGCAUUGUGAACCCCCUGGACCACACCAACGUCACUGCACCCCAAGCCUCCAUGAUGUUCCAGUACUUUGUGAAGGUGGUGCCCACGGUGUACAUGAAGGUAGAUGGGGAGGUGCUGAGGACAAAUCAGUUCUCUGUGACCAGACACGAGAAGGUCGCCAAUGGGCUGAUGGGCGAUCAGGGGCUUCCUGGAGUCUUCGUGCUGUACGAGCUCUCGCCCAUGAUGGUGAAGCUGACGGAGAAGCACAGGUCCUUCACACACUUCCUGACAGGCGUGUGCGCUAUCAUCGGGGGCAUGUUCACAGUGGCCGGCCUCAUCGACUCUCUCAUCUACCAUUCAGCUCGAGCCAUCCAGAAGAAAAUCGAUCUAGGGAAGACAACAUAGUUGUCCGUCCCUUCCCACCCAACCAGUCCCUGUUUUUCUUUGGCCUCGUGGUCAUUUUCCCAGCCUCUUACCCCACCCACCCCGCACACCCCCUCUGCAAAGAGUCAGUCGCAGCCCCAGGUUGGUAAAUCUAUCGAUUGUGAUAGUA